AUGAUUGCCAAAUCCAAGGUUACAAUGGACGACCCAAACGUCAAGACAGUCCACUGCAGUGGUAGUCCUUUUGAGAUCGGCUUGACCCACGGGAGCGCCGCUUCGACUGAAAUUCAUCAUAAUGUUGCAACUUACACCUAUUUCUUUGGAGAGACAGCUAAGAUUACGUGGGACGAAGCACGUCGGCGAGCUGUCCAGCGAUUUCUUCCCACAAUUGAGAGGCAAUGGCCUGAGAUUGUCGAAGAGAUGAGAGGUAUUGCAGAAGGAGCCGGACGUGGAUUGACAUUAGCGGACAUUGUUACGCUCAAUGUCCGUACGGAGAUUGCUUUUACAAACUACACUGAUGGAUGCACGUCCGUCGGCCAGAUAGCUCAAGAUGGCAAGAUGUUCCUUGCACAGAACUGGGACAUGAUUCCAGAGUUACAGAAGGGCAUGGUGUUCCUUCACAUCCAGCCGGCAGGGUCUGAUAUCGCAAUCAGGUUCCUAGGUGAGGCUGGGAUUGUUGGUAAAAUCGGCAUGAACAGUGCAGGCUUCGGAUUCUGCAUGAAUGCACUCCGAUCCGGGGCCCUCAACCAGAACGGCAUGCCUGUUCACAUUAUGUCACGGCGUCUACUCCAGUACGCCUCUAGCUUCAGCAGCGCUGUUGCGAUCAUCGAAGAAUUCGGGCUGGCCAGUUCAAUCAACUACUUACUGGCUGACAGAAGUGGCAAUUUUGCUGAUCUCGAAUGCUCCCCUCUUGGCGUCUUCACGAUCUCUCCGCAAGGUGGCUACGUGGCUCAUGCAAACCAUUUCUACGGACCAGGCCGGCCGGUGAAGCUAGUUGACCAUCCUGCUUCGGAUUCAUUCAAGCGAUUAGCACGAAUGCAAGAACUGACGGAAAGAGAUCUGGAUCUCGCAUUACCAACGACAUUUGAGUCCCUGAGGGCAAGGCUCUCAGAUGAGCAAGGAAGCCCUCCAGCAAUCUGCAGGAGCGUUCCUCCUGGUGCGGUUGGAAUUGACCGCAUCAUAACGUUGGGAACUAUUCUGAUGGAUUUGACAAGCUGCACGGGUAGAGUGGUAAUCGGAAGGCCUUGCGAAGACCUUCCUGUCGUAGAUUGGUCGUUCUAA